AUGAUAUCCCGCGCUUUGCUCGUCAUCGAGCCCAUCGUAUACGGCAUACUGCUCCUCCCUGUAGCCUAUCUCUUGAAACUCCAUGGCAAACCAGGCUUUCUAUGGACGCUGUACCUUACACUGUUCUCCCUCCUCCACGUCAUCGGCGGUAUCAUGAUGCUUUGCGAAAGCAAGCAUGCUCUGAUAAUCUUGAACAUCUGUGUGGGUAUUCUCAUCCUUGCGACCUCGGCAAUUUGGUUUGAAUUAAAUCACCACUGGGAGACGAACAAUGCGAUGCAAAAGAUCAAAGUUGCCAUAAUCCACAUUCUGGUUAUCGUGGGCGAACUUUUGUUGAUCUUGGGUGCCACUGAUCCCGGUGCGCAAGGCAGCGCGCAGGUCAAGAUCGGCAUCGGUUUGGGAUGUCUGGCAGUGGCUGCCAAGCUCAUGGUCAUCCAAGCCAUCGUCGCCAUCGUCGAAAAGGACUGCUCUUGGAAAGACGACAAGAGCAGACUCCUCUUUGCAACCACAUUCGGUUCCGUCUGCCUCUGCGUCCGCGUCAUCUACUCGAUGUGCGUCAUGACAAAAACGUUUGCUCAGCAAGAACGAUGUGCAUCAAGCAUGCAGGGCAUUUACUUUGUGUUGCUCCCCGAGGCCCUUACUGCCAUUGCCUAUCUGGCUGUUGGGCUGUGGACGCGAAACAUUGGCGAGUCCCAGACAGAAGACGCGAAAGAAGACACUCCUGACUUGGAUGAACAGGCACCACCACCGAUGCCGAUGCCCCCGAUGCCGCCUAUGCCUAACGUGGACGAACCAGCGUGGGGCGUGCCACACCCAGUUCCUAUCGCACCAAGACCGAGACCUGCUGUGGCGGAAUUGGCAGCGCAGGCGGCGGAGGCGCGACGGGACAGGCAGCCAGAAGCUUAUGAGAUGAACCAGUUUGAUCCUCUUGACGAGUGGCAAAAUGUGGAGUUGGCGAGUUAG